AUGGGAGCUGUCAAAACACCAGCUGUAGAGCUCCGAAGCCUCCUCAGUUUAUUGGUGAUACUAGUGGAGGGGUGGCAUGAUUUAGAUAACAAAGACUAUGACUGUUGGCCCCUGGAAAAGCCAGAUGAGUAUAACAUGCUGGACUGCGGAGGACUGGAGAUGACAUGGGUGCAAAGGCCUCCAGAAAAGUCUGUGAGUGGGGAAUCCUUCAACGUUACCUAUGCAGUCUUUGCUUCAGACAGUUUUUAUCAAUAUGCUGUGCAAAAUGGAAUCCUUUCCCAAAGCAAUGCCACUGCUGCAAAGGAAUUCUGUGAGGAGCAUGAAUGUCCUGCCAGAUGGAAAGAUGCAAAUGGGGACAACUGCUGUGUUUACCAUGCCAACAUUCAUUCCUGUCCUUUAGCCUUCAUGGCUAAAGGAGGAAUAUGUGGUCCAUGGAUCCCAGACGAUGGUCAGAUAUUUACUCACACUUUGUCUACUGCUGGCAAAAUGAGCCAAAGAAACUGGACUGCCAAGGUUGUUUUAGUUCAUGUGGGUGUGACUUCUCUCAUUGCACACAUCAGAGUUGGGAGAAUGCAAGCUGCUCUGGAAGCAAAAACCACAGUCCUUCCUGCAGUAGUCUGUGGAGAUGGCUUUUGUGAGGAAGAAGAAGGCUGCUCUAUCUGUCCAGCAGACUGUGGGGAAUGCCCUCUUUCUGUUGAUGUUAGGAUAGCAAUUGUCUUACCAAUAUGUUUAGUUUGCACUGGCUUCAUUUUGACAGUCAUGUGGUUUCAAUAUCAGAAACAAAAGAUGCUUUGGGAUGAAAGCUGGAUUAUAGAUUUCAACUGCAUCAAACAAGAUUGCACUAUAUGGACAGCAACAGGAAGCAUGAUGAGUACUCCCCCAGCACCCAGUGACUCCAAUGUCAGUUGUGUUACUGCUCUGAGCUCCUGCACAGCAGCUGCCAACAUGUCCAGGAAGAAAUAUUUCACCCAGACUGGGAGAUAUGAUGGUAGAACAGUGGCCAUAAAGAAAAUAAUGAAGAAGGCAUUCACGCUGUCUAAAACCAUACGUAAAGAAGUAAAGCAAGUGAGGGAACUUGACCAUCCCAAUCUCUGCAAAUUCAUUGGAGGUUGUAUAGAAGUUCCAAAUGUUGCCAUUGUCACAGAGUACUGCCCCAAAGGCAGCCUGAGUGAUGUGCUCCUCAAUGAAGAUAUUCCUUUGAACUGGGGUUUCAGGUUUUCUUUUGCUACUGAUAUUGCUCAAGGAAUGGCCUAUCUCCACCACCACAAAAUGUAUCAUGGACGGUUGAAAUCUAGUAACUGUGUGAUAGAUGACCGGUGGGUUUGUAAAAUUGCAGAUUAUGGCUUGCAGUCAUACAGAAAAGAAGAUUCUCCUGAGGGAUCAAGUUCAUCCCAGCAACAUUUGAUACAGAUUUACACGGCUCCUGAAAUACAUUCUCUUUCAGAUUUUGAACCCAAUUCUAUGUCAGAUGUCUACAGUUAUGCCAUCAUUUUACUAGAAAUUGCCACAAGAAGUGACCCUAUGGCAAAAGAUGUCAUGCAUUCAGCUGAAUAUUCUUGGUGCCCACCUUUGGCAGAAUUAAUUUCAGGAAAGACUGAGAAUUCUUGCCCAUGUCCCACAGAUUAUAUAGAGUUAAUUGAAAGGUGCAGAAAAAACAAUCCAUCCCAAAGGCCUACAUUUGAACAAGUCAAGAAAAUGUUGUACAAGAUGAAUCCCAUUAGCCCUGUUGACAUGAUGAUGACUCUGAUGGAGAAAUAUAACAAACAUCUGGAGAUACUGGUUUCUGAGAGAACACAGGAUUUAAUGCAUGAAAAACAGAAGACUGAUCGUCUGUUGUAUAGUAUGUUGCCGAAACAAGUAGCAGAUGAUCUCAGGCAGGGAAAACAUGCACAAGCUCAAAGUUAUUCAAGUGCCACCAUCUUCUUCAGUGACAUUGUUGGCUUCACUGAGCUGUCCAGCACCAGCACACCAUACCAAGUGGUAGAUCUCUUGAACAAGCUUUAUACCACUUUUGAUGAGAUCAUAGAUAACUAUGAUGUCUAUAAGGUGGAGACAAUAGGAGAUGCCUAUAUGGUGGUGUCGGGAGUACCCAAGGAGAAUGGGAUCCUUCACGCUGGUGAGAUUGCAAGCAUGGCUUUAGACCUUCUGGACGUCUGCAAGACUUUUAAGAUCCCACACAAGCCCAAUACCCUCCUAAAGAUAAGAGCAGGAAUACAUUCAGGGGCAGUUGUAGCUGGAGUUGUUGGAAGCAAAAUGCCACGGUACUGUUUAUUUGGAGAUACUGUGAACACAGCUUCCAGGAUGGAAUCUACCAGUGAAGCUCUUAAAAUACAGUGCAGUUCAAGGGCGUACCAGCUGUUGGAGCAGAUUGGAGAGUUUGUGUUAGUAUGCCGUGGGAAUUUACAAGUCAAGGGGAAAGGAGAUAUGGUUACAUACUGGCUUGAAGGUAAGAAAGCCUCUGUUACCCAGAAGGCAGUCACCAGCCCUUCUGUGACUCCUCAAGAUGCCAACAGAGCUUCAUAUAGUCCGAUACCAGCUGUCCUUCCCGGUGAUCCUCUCUGAAGUCCUGCUUCCUAGUCACUCAUUAACUCCAAUAUCCCUUCUGCUUUCAGUCUGUUAGGUCAUCCUGCUAAAUUAGAAAAUUAGAAAAGAGAUAAUACACCCCUUUGGCCUUGUGAAUGUAUUAGCUCAGGCUUUAUUAACAGGUGUCUCUCCCAGAAAUGGCACUGAAAAUACAGAAAAGCAAAAAACUCAUCUUAAGGAAUAAUACAUAGAACUGCCCCACCAGCUACCAGGGCAGAAGGUAGCUCCCAAUGUUACUUCUUGAUUUGGUUUUGAUGGGAAAUCCUCUGCCAGCGGCCACCAUGACUUCAAAAUCAGCUGGCUGGACAUUCCAGCCUGUGAGGUGCUCCUACAUGAAAGGAGACAGCAUAGUGUUGCUGUUUAGUGGUAUCAGAAACCUUACGGGUGUGGUUGGUUUUGUGCUGUGAAAAAUGAGGUGUGUAUUGUGUGACAAAGUAAGAUCCAUCAAAAGAGGAGGAUGAAGCAGAGAAAUUAUAGUGGAUACAAACUGAAACAAGAAUCCGUACUCCUACUUUCAUUUAAUCUCCAUGGUCUGGGGCAUAGAAAAAAGAAUUAAGUCUGCUGUUUCCAUGCAGCCAAUUCCUAGUGACACCUGCCAUCUUGUUGCAGAGACAUAAAAAUCUUGGGAGAGAAGUGCAAGACAUUGUAUGCUGUUACUAAACAGGAUAAAGUUCACUACGGCCGCUCUGGGAUUUCUCUGAAAAACAACUCUUAACAUUAGCUGAUGUUAUGGAGUUGCUUUGAUUAAAGUGGCAGUGAACCUACUGUUGCUGGAUAGCUGUCUGUCAGUGAAAUCAGGCAGCCCUCUGAGUCACUGUGUAAUUCAGAACACAGUUUAGGAAAGGUCAUUCCUGAGCCAGCAUUUCCUGUAAAGAGAGAACUAUCACUACAAGUGGAGUAAUCUCUAGAUGAGCAUGAUUCUGUGAGCAUUGCUGGUGUUGGCUUUCUUUAAACACUUACCUUUCAGGGCUAAUAUAUUUUGAAGAGUUUAGCCAGUUCCAGUUUAACUGAUUAGCAAA